AGAAAAGAAAUGUCAUGCUCCCUUUAAUUAAAUUCUCAAUCUUUUCAUUUACUUUUUUUUAUUAUGCGAAUGACGUUAGUGAUAUUGUUAAUAUGCGAUAUGAAAUUUUCGGUUAAUUCAUAUAUGAACUUUGAUAGUUCUUAUUUCACUCGUUGCCAUAAUAAUAUACUAUCAUAACCUAAUUCUGCUCUUUAUUAGAUAUUAUAAUAUAUCUAAUAAAAAAGAAAUUAAUUUUUAAUUAAAAAAGAAUGGAAGAUUUUCAGUAUGUAAUUAAAAAACAAGAACGCCAAAAAAUAUGUUUUGGUUCUGGAUGUCCACAUGAUAUGUCUAAAAGAGACACGACUUCUUUUAUGAGAUAUUAUAUAAAAGAUAAUUAUGAAAACAUUACUCCUAAUACAUAUAACGUUAUGGAUUCAUUUCUGGCCACUAAAAAUAAACCAUGUUUACAUAGUAUUAGUAAGAAAGGAUAUGGUGGCAUUACUAGAACGAUACAUACAAUUAAACAUGAUGAAGAUUUUCCAUCUCCAGCAGAUUAUAAUAUCGUUAGUAGUUUCAAGCCUACCAAAGAAUCAAGAUUUCCUUUUGCAACUUCUGCUAAAAGGACUACGUUUAUUCCUAAUGUGAAUCCUGGACCAGGAACAUAUACACCAAUAGAAAAAAAAGAAAUUGCAUUUGAACAUAGUUUUGGUGGUAGAGUUAAGAUGAGACUUGGAGUACAAUUUAAAUGUUGUAGUAAUAAUACAGAUGUGUGUAAAAUUUGUGGACAAAAACCCGUAGGGGAUUAUUGGCAUUGCAACAAUAAAAUUUUCUUGUGUAGACCAUGCAUGACCGAUGAAUUCCAAAAACAAACAAAGUAUAAAAGGGAAGAAUUAAAUCGUUUUUCUAGAAUACGUGAUUGUUCAGACAUUCAUCAGCAUGAGGGUACUGAUGCUAACAUUUGGUUAAUGCAUCCUAAGCUGUUGAAACAAAGACUAGUUAAGGAAACAUAUUUGACUUCUUAUUUAAAAAAUUAAAUUCAAUAUUUUAUCAAAUGCUGCAUCUUUGUACUUGUAUGCCUUUUUCAAUAGACAAAAAGCAUUGUAAGUAGACUUAUUUUAUUUCACUUUUAAAUAAACUUUAUAUAAUGUAAUCCAUAA